AUGGGAAAGAAACAAGUGUGCCCGCCUCGUGCCCUCCCUCCAGUGCCAAGUCAAGAUGAAAUUCCACUCAGUCGUCCCAAAAAAAGGAAACCCAAAGGAAAGACUCCAUUAGAUGGCAUUGUCCAAGCAGCAGUUCGUCGGCAGUCUGAAAGCAGUGAGCCCUUAACUCCUGAACCUCAUGAUGUCCCUCCUCAGAGGAAACGCAAGAAGAAGAAAGUACCUACUGAUUCUGAGACCUCUUUUACCCAGCAAAAUGUUGCAUCCCUAUUUCAGAAUGGAAAUGGCAUGGACGUCCCUGAAGCUGAAGAAACAGUGAUCCGCAAACAGAGAAAAAGAACAAAGAAACCUCGGCCAGCCGAAAUGCACUGUUCCAAUGAGCUGGAAGUGGAGGAGGAAGACAUCAUUGAAGAUGAGCACAGAAAGAGCCCAGAUCAGCAGCCUGUGUUUGCUGCUCCCACUGGAAUUAGCCAGCCUGUUAGCAAAGUGUUUGUUGAAAAAAAUCGGCGUUUUCAGGCAGCUGACCGUGCAGAAUUGAUUAAAACCACUGAAAAUAUCAACGUACUUAUGGAUGUAAAGGCUUCAUGGACUACCAGAGAUGUUGCCCUCUCAGUGCACCGAAGUUUCAGGGUGAUUGGACUCUUUACCCAUGGCUUCCUUGCUGGGUAUGCUGUAUGGAACAUCAUUGUUAUCUAUAUUUUGGCAGGAAAUCAGCUUUCCAGGGUUUCUAACCUGCUCGAGCAGUAUAAGACACUAGCAUACCCAGCUCAAAGUUUGUUCUAUUUGUUGCUGUCUAUCAGUACAGUCUCAGCCUUUGACAGGAUUGAUUUGGCAAAAGCAUCAGUUGCACUGAGGGGCUUUCUUACCCUAGACCCAGCAGCAGUAGCCUCUUUCUUGUACUUUGCUGCUCUUAUCUUAUCCUUAAGCCAGCAGAUGACAUGUGACAGAAUUAACCUCUACACACCACCUUCGGAAAAUGGCAGCAUCUGGAUGGCAGGUACAGAGGAAGAAAUUGUUCAGCCAUGGGUUGUGGUGAAUCUGGUAGUGUCUAUUCUAGUUGGGACGAGCUGGAUCUUCUUGUCUUACCGACCAGAGCUAGAUCACAGCGAAGAACUGAUGUUUCAUGCUGAAAUCGAGGAAUUUCCCCAGGGAGAUAUCAUACCCAGAGUCCAGCCAUAGUGUGGAACGAGCAUCUGCAUAUAUUGUCACCGAGACUGAUGGCUCAACAUGUUGUGCACUAUAGCCAUGUAUAAUAACUUUCA